UGGGAGAAUUGCAGGUUUACUUUUGGUUUCUGAUUUCAGCGAUGGCGGCUGAUGGAGUGAGAGGGGAGUUAAGCUGCCCGGUGUGCCUGGAGAUCUAUACCGACCCGGUAACCUUGCCCUGUGGCCAUAACUACUGCCGGGGCUGCAUUGGGAAAGCCUGGGAUCCUGAGAUGAGGGGUUUUGGAGACAAACCCUCCUGCCCUCAAUGCAGACGGAGAUAUGAGAAGCAGCCUGAACUGAGAAGCAAUGUGACUCUGUGGGACCUAGCAGAGCGAUUCCUCCCUAUUGGCCCACAUCAUGGCACAACUGGCAUCCCCUGCACUUACUGUGAUUCCCCGGUGCCGGCUGCCAUGUCCUGCCUGCUGUGUGAGGCCUCUCUGUGUGCCACCCAUGUGCGGGUACAUAGCACGGCACCGGAACAUGUAUUAACCAUGCCGAGUGUUUUACUAAGGCACCAAAACUGCUCCAUACACAGGGAACGGCUGAGAUAUCGCUGCACCGAGGAUGGGGCACGUGUCUGUGUGUCCUGCUGCCUGGCUGGGGGGCCCCGGGGCCACAAAGUGGAGCUGCUGAAUGGGGCCCCAAAGAAGACACACAUUCAAGCAAUGGCGACUGCUGACCUGAGAUCCAAUAUAACCUGCUCCCUGUGCCGGGAGAUCUACACCGACCCUGUAACCCUGCCCUGUGGCCAUACCUACUGCCGGGACUGUAUUGGGGGAACGUGGGAGUCGGAGGAGAAGAUGUGGGGAUAUCCUUCCUGCCCUGAAUGCGGAGAGACAUACCCGGCACGGCCUGGGCUAAGAGGAGACAGGACUUUGAGAAACAUUUUGGAGAGUUUAGUUCCUUCUGACCCAGGUACUGAGAUCCUCUGCACUCACUGUGUGAUGCGCUAUUCAGAUCUGAGAGACAAACUGACCUGCCCCCUGUGCCGGGGCAUCUAUACCGACCCUGUAACCCUGCCCUGUGGCCAUAACUACUGCCUGCGCUGUAUUGGGGCAACAUUGCGCUUACAGGAAUGGUUAGAAGAUGAUCCCUCCUGCCCUGAAUGCCUGCGGAGAUACUGGAUCUGGCCUGAACUGAGCAAAAACCUGAAGCUGCGUCACAUCGUGCGGAGUUUCAUUGUUACCCACCCAGAGUACGGGUACCCCAGGGUGUUCUGCACUUACUGUAUCCACUCGGCUGAAACUUUAGCCGUACCGGCAACUAAAUCCUGCUUGUAUUGUGGGGUUUCCCUGUGUGAUGAUCAUGUAACGAGGCACAGUAAGUCAGUAGAACAUAUCUUAACUAAACCCACCCCAAAAUGCUCUGCCCACCAGGAACUGCUGAGAUAUCGCUGCACUGAGGAUGGGGCCCCUGUCUGUGUGUCCUGCUGCCUGGCUGGGGGGCACCGGGGCCACAGGGUGAAGCUGCUAAAAGAGGCCACAAAGAGAAGAAAAAUUCAAGGUGCAGCAGGGGCAGGUCUGAGAGACAAACUAACCUGCCCCCUGUGCCGGGGCAUCUAUACCGACCCUGUAACCCUGCCCUGUGGCCAUAACUACUGCCUGCGCUGUAUUGGGGGAACAUGGGGAGAGCAGAAGGAGAAGAGAGAAGGCCGCUCCUGCCCUGAAUGCAAACACAAAAUCAAGAUAAAGAUGGAACUGAGCAAGAACCACUCGCUGUGUAACAUAGUGCAGUUCCUUCUGCCCCCCCCUGAGCAGCGGGACCCUGCUGGCACCUACUGUACCUACUGUAUUCACUCACUGGUACCCGCGGCUAAAUCCUGCCUGCUGUGUGAGGCCUCUCUGUGUGAUAAACAUGUGCGGGUACAUAGCCGGGCAGCAGAACAUGUAUUAACUGAACCCACCGCUUCCUUUGGGCACAGAAACUGCUCCGCACACGGGGAACUGCUGAGAUAUCUCUGCACUGAGGAUGGGGCCCCUGUCUGUGUGUCCUGCUGCCUGGCUGGGGGGCACCGGGGCCACAGGGUGGAAAUGUUAAACGAGGAGCAGGAGUAACUAGGAAGCAUUGUUUUGUAUAUUAACCCCAGAUAUACAGAUAAUGAUGAGUGGGGAAUGUGUAUAUAUGUUUAUAUAUGUAUCAUACGGGAUAAUGUACCCCCUACUGUAAAUGAUAAGGAU